GGUUCAAUCUAUCAAAAUCGACCUAUCGAUUUCCAAAGAAACAGGAAACGAGAAAUGCAGAGUUGAGUUGAGAGUUUAAUUAUUUAUUAUAUCGUUUUUCUAUACAUAUCAUCUCAUAUCAUAUAUUACACACAAAAUGUCCUCCAACUCACAUAUACCAAACCCCAACCCCUUCAUCACAAAAUCCCCCUUAUCAUCUCCCUCCAAAUCCCUGCCCCUCUCCCAAGGCAUCCUCCUCUGCUCCUCGUCCGACCCCCUCGCACCCGUCGAACUACGUCUCGUCUCUCUCCUUUCCUAUCCCUGCACCGCGAUCGUAAAUCCGAUUUCUCAAUCGCCGUCUGCGUAUGCGCUUGUGCGUGCGAAAAAUUCGAAUUCGAAUUCGAUGACUGGGCUUGGGGACUCGUCUACACGAAUAGGGAUGAAUAUCGGGAUUGGGGUAGAAACGCCACAAAUCAGUCUCCCGGGUCUCAUUGACAAAUCCGCCGGGGAGGAUCUCGCAAAAUGGAGAGAGAGCAAUUGGAAAGAAGGAUUGAAUGCUGGGGGUUGUGGGGUCAGUGGGAGUUUUGGAUUGUGUGGUGUUGAGGAGGGAAAGAAUGGGGAAAUUGGGAUGGGGACGGGAGAAGAUGAAAGACCGAAAUAUAUUAUUCAUACGCAUGCGCCGAAUUUUACGGAUAAGGCGUAUAGUACGCCGUUGGUGAAACAGUUGUUGGUCAAUUGUUAUCGGGGGGCGUUGGUGGAGGCGAUGGGGAUUGCGGAGAGCGAGGAGAAGCGAGAAAGAGAUGAUGAUAUGACGGAUAGAGAAGGGGAGGGAAAAGCAGAAGAAGUAAAAGCAGCAGUAGAAGAAAUGGAAGAAGAAAGUGCGAAAAAUACAAAAGGAAAAGCGAUAGAUGGGAAUGCAAUACUUCUAGAAAACACAAGAGAAGAUGCGAGUAUGAGAGAUACGGAUACGGACGCGAAUGAGAAUAUUCUGGCAGAAAGGGAAAUAACACCAGAGAUACCAAGGAAGAUCGGAUUGAGAAGUUUCGGCACAGUUAAUGUGGCGGGGAGUAUGAGUUGUCCAGCAAGUUUGGCGAGUCCGAGGGAUGCAAAUUUAGAUACUUCUGGUAUUUCGCCUAUUUCAUCUCCGUCGAUUCUACCAAGUAAAUCUAUUCCGCCGAUUACGUCCAUUCCGCCUAUACUCCUAUCAUCACCUACAUCCGCCCCCUCAGUUUCCCACGAUCCUUCGAAAGAACAUAUCCCACAAACAUCUCCAAGACCAACAGGUAUAACCAUUGCCUUCCCCGCUAUUUCUACAGGUCAUAAAUCCUUUCCCCAUCGUCUUGCUGCUCGCAUCGCUGUAGGCACUGUGAGAGAUUUUCUACGUCAUCCUAUUUUUGGCGCUGUACGACGGAAGAUGAUUCGGAAGGUUGUUUUUUGUGUGUGGCCUGUUGAUAGUCCGAAUAGAAAAGCGCUGCAAGUAGCUUUUGGACUUAAUUUUCCACCCCCAUUACCGCAGAGUGCACCGUUGAGUCCGGUGAGUAAUCAACUUUCUACGCCGCCGUUUUCUCCGAGUGUGAGGGGGAGGAGGGGGUUUGAUUUUAAGUUGGGGUUGGCGCUGAGGGACUUUGAGGGGGAGACGAGUCUGGGGGAUGUGCCGAAGAUUGUGGUUACUCCGCCGGUUACGCCGAUGGCGGGGUUGGGUUUGGCUCCUGGGGAGAGGGAGAGGGAGAGGUACUCGUCUGGUUUUGAGAGUUCAGAAGGGAAGAGAUUGAGUAGGGGUAAUGAAUAUUUGGGAGAUAAGGAGAGUGAGAGUGUGGAGGAUAUGGAUAUGGAUAUAGAGGAAGAGGAAGAGGUGGAGGUGGAGGCGGAUAUAGAGAAGGAAGUGGAUAUGGAGGCGAAGAAGGAGGUGGAAAAGGAGGUGGAAAAGGAGGUGGAUGAUGGUGUUGGUAUGAAUUUGACAAGGGGAGGUGGGCAAAGAAUUGAUAAAGUACACAAAGAAGAGAAGCUUGUAGAGAAAGAAAAAAUACGAAAAGCAGAAAUAGGGAGAGGGUAUAGACUGGCAGACAGUAGUGGAAGAGAUAGGAGAGGGAGAAAAGAAACCUACAGACAGAGAAAAAGGCAACAAGGGUUGAGAUUGGCCGCUGCAAUGAGACUGAAAAGAAUGAGAGAGAAGGGGAGGAAAUAGAGGAGUUGGAAAGAUAUUUGAAUGUGUUUGAGAAAUUGAGGAAUAGAAAGAGGAUACGAGGACACCCAAGAGAUUGCCAGGAACUGUUGAGAGGAAGACAGAGAGAAGUGUGGAUGGAGAGAUAGAAAAAGAAGAAGUAAAUCCAACGAAAGUGGCUGAUGAGCGUGUUCGGAGACCAGAAGCUGGAGACGGCACCGCCUCACCCAAGAGCAUAUCAAGCAUUGGAGAAAGACGAGCGAAGCAAAGUAAAUUGAAGGACAAGGAAAGGCAGGAGAACAAGACAGCUGGUAAUUGUAUCCGUCGACACGGAAGCACCAAAACGCAAAAUAAACAAGAGAGGGGUUAUACGGAGCGGAAAGAAGUAGGGGAUACUAAAGCGGGCACAAAGAGAGGGAGGCCAAGUAAAAUGGAUGGAAGCGGGACAGGAGGUAGCGAUACUGAACGACGCGGAGGAAUAAAAAAGAGAAAAUAGAGGGGGUCGCGCUGGGAGACUUGUUGGAGAGUCUCGGUGGUUACUUCAGAGGGGUGGAAUAAAAGAAUGAGAGGAUAUCACGUGACUAUAUGAACUG